UUUGAAAAUUAGUUGGGUUAGUUCCAGUUCUUCUUACAACUUACAAAUUAUUUUUCCAAUCAUGGACCACGAAGAUACAUCUCUGACUUGCAGUAUUAGAAUUGAGUGGACUAAUGCCAUAGGCAUAGUCAACAAAAAAGUGCAGUGUAAAAAUGCUACACUUCGUCUUAUUAGAAACGACAGCCGGCAGAUAUUUGUCGAAAUUAGAUAUGACAAAGCAGCACCUAUUAAACUCCUUCUUGAAAGGUUAUCAGUCCAUAAAAAUUUUAUGAAAGAGGGCAAAGCAACUAUCAAAUUUUUAGAAAUUGCAUGCUCUGUCUAUUUGACAAAUGCUCCUCCUUCACAGCUAGUUAAUUUUUUGAGGACAAUGUUCGUAAAAAUGACUGGAAAUGUCGCUAAAAACGAAAAAAGUUCCUCUCUCAGAACACAGCUCUUAUCUUCUAAAUCUCGACAGUUUGAAGAAAUAAGUCCCGUCACUGAAAGUGAAUUGUACAGAGCUCAGAAACUAGCCACUGGAAAGUCUUCAACAACAACACCUUCACCAAUACGCAAACGUAAAUUGAGUGACUCCUCAAAUUCAAAGCCAGCAUCUGCCAAAAGGCUCUAUACUUCCUCAUCUCCAAUUCAAAAUAAUCCAUUAGAUUUAGAGCAGAAAGAAGUUCUAGAAGCAUGUCUGUCUGGUCAAAAUAUUUUCUUCACAGGUAGUGCAGGUACUGGUAAAAGUUAUUUGUUGCGAAAAAUUAUUGGCGCUCUACCUGCGGAUGUAACUGUUGCUACAGCAUCUACAGGGGUAGCCGCUUGUCAUAUAGGGGGCAUUACAUUGCAUCAAUUUGCUGGUAUAGGAUUAGGCACUUCUUCCGUUGAUAAGUGUAUUGAAAUGGCAACAAAAAGUGCUUCUUCAAUAUUAUGGAAGAAAUGCAAACAUUUGAUAAUUGAUGAGGUAUCUAUGAUUGACGCUGAAUAUUUUGAGAAAGUGGAAACAGUAGCUAGAAAAAUUCGCAAAAGCGACAAGCCUUUUGGUGGAAUUCAGCUUAUCUUAUGUGGUGAUUUUUUUCAACUCCCCCCUGUAUCCAAAGCAAACGAAAAGAAGAAGAUAAAUUUUUGCUUCAUGAGUAAAGCUUGGAAGACAUGUAUUCAUAACACUUUUGAACUCAAGAAGGUACAUAGGCAGGAAGAGCAAGAGUUUAUAGAUAUCUUGAACGAAGUGAGAAUUGGAAAAGUCUCAGCAGAGUCAGAAAAAGUAUUGGUGUCUACGGCAACACAGAGUAUUGAGCAAGACGGAAUUUUGGCAACAAGACUUUGUUCACAUACACAAGAUGCUGAUCUGAUCAACGAGUCUAAAUUGAAUGCUUUGCCUGGAGAUGUAAAAGUUUUUGACGCCCUCGAUAGUAACCCUGCAAUGGGUAAGACUCUUGACAAUCAGACAACUGUACCUAGGAGAUUAGAAUUGAAAAUUGGAGCACAAGUGAUGCUCCUAAAAAACAUAAAUAUCUCCAAAGGGCUAGUGAAUGGGGCCAGAGGGGUGGUUAAGGAAUUCAAGGAUGAUUAUCCUUUGAUAAAAUUUAGAAGGGAAUUAUAUCUAGCCGUACCCGAACGAUGGAGUGUUAAAACUACAUCUGGCGUUGCAGCUAGAAAGCAAGUUCCGCUCAGACUCGCAUGGGCAUUUUCGAUACAUAAAUCACAGGGACUCACUUUGGACUGUGUAGAAAUGUCCUUGGGAAGAGUGUUCGAAGCUGGACAAGCAUAUGUUGCUCUGAGUAGGGCUCAGAGUCUAAAAACGUUGAGGGUUUUAGAUUUUCGAGCGACCCAGGUGUGGGCAAACCCAGAUGUAUUAGAUUUCUAUAAUAAACUGAAAAUAAGACAAGACUGCAUGAGCCUUGUUCCAUUAGGCAUGAGAAAUAAAAGCAACAAGUCCAAAACAAAUAAUACAAACACUCUAAGGGGCAUUUCCAAAUCGUUAUUGAAUAAGCCCCUAAUUAAUAUAUCUUAGUGACUAGAGAUUUUAUUUUUGAACUGAAUAUUGAAUAUCUAUUAAUAUACUAGGAAUAAUUAUAUAUUUAUUUUUAAAAA